AUGGUCCUACUCCUAGGUGCUUGCCCGGAAUAUGGCUGUCUUGUUUACGAGUACAUGUCUAAUGGAAGCUUAGAAGACCGACUUCUACGUAAAGGAAACACCACAUCUCUAACAUGGCAACAAAGGUUUCGCAUAGCGAGUGAAAUCGCGGUAGGCUUAUUAUUUCUCCACCAAACCAAACCGGAGCCAAUUGUCCAUCGUGAUCUAAAACCCGGAAAUAUUUUACUAGAUCACAACUUCGUGAGCAAGAUUAGCGAUGUCGGUUUGGCAAGACUAGUCCCUCCUUCAGUAGCAGACACCGUCACUCAAUAUAGAAUGACGUCGACAGCCGGGACAUUCUGUUAUAUAGAUCCCGAGUAUCAACAAACCGGAAUGCUUGGUGUAAAAUCCGAUGUUUAUUCGUUAGGAAUCAUGUUCCUUCAGAUAAUAACUGCCAGAACUUCAGAGAUUGCGAAAACUUGCUGCUGA